AUGUCUCACCGUAAGUACGAGGAGCCUCGUUCCGGUUCGCUUGCCUUCCUUCCCCGCAAGCGUGCCGCCAAGCACCGUGGUCACAUCAAGUCCUUCCCCAAGGAUGACCCCAAGAAGCCGGUCCACCUGACCGCCAUGCUUGGUUACAAGGCCGGUAUGACCCACGUCGUCCGUGACCUCGACCGCCCCGGCUCGAAGAUGCACAAGCGUGAGGUCGUCGAGGCCGUCACCGUCGUCGAGACUCCCCCCAUGGUCAUCGUCGGUGUCGUCGGCUACGUUGAGACUCCCCGUGGUCUCCGCGCCCUUACCACCGUUUGGGCCGAGCACCUCUCGGACGAGGUCAAGCGUCGCUUCUACAAGAACUGGUACCGUUCGAAGAAGAAGGCCUUCACCCGCUACGCCAAGAAGCACUCCGAGAACAACGGCGCCUCCGUUGCUCGCGAGCUUGAGCGUAUCAAGAAGUACGCCACCGUCGUUCGCGUCCUCGCCCACACCCAGCUCUCGCAGACCGGCCUUGCCCAGAAGAAGGCCCACCUCUCCGAGAUCCAGGUCAACGGUGGCUCCAUCGCCGACAAGGUCGAGUUCGCCAAGGCCAACUUCGAGAAGACCUUUGACGUCAAGUCCGUCUUCGAGCAGAACGAGUGCAUCGACGUUAUCGCCGUCACCAAGGGUCACGGUUACUCCGGUGUCAUCUCUCGUUGGGGUGUUACCAAGCUUCCCCGCAAGACCCACCGUGGUCUCCGCAAGGUCGCCUGUAUCGGUGCUUGGCACCCUUCGAAGGUCAUGUUCUCGGUUGCCCGUUCCGGUCAGGACGGUUACCACCGCCGUACCACGAUCAACCACAAGAUCUACCGCAUCGACAACGGCACCAACGAGGGCUCCGGCUCCACCGAGUUCGACCUCACCAAGAAGUCGAUCAACCCCGUCGGCGGCUGGUCGCACUACCCCCUUAUCCGCAACGACUUUGUCAUGCUCAAGGGCUCCAUCCCCGGUGUCAAGAAGCGUGUCAUCACCCUCCGCAAGGCCCUCCGUGUUCACACCUCGCGCACUCACCUCGAGGAGAUCACCCUCAAGUUCAUCGACACCUCGUCGCAGCUCGGACAUACCCAGUGGCAAUCUCUUGACGAGAAGGCUCAGUUCCUGUGA